AUGUUCAUACGAGACUCCCGUGAUGAGGCAGAGCUUGCCGUGUACGUUGGCCUUCAAAACAAACAUGACCUCAGACAUUUUGCCUUGUCCUGGCCUGUCAUCAAGACCUGGAUUAGGGCUCCACAUAAGCAGACUCAUGCGCUGAAAGUUGAGGUAAACCAUCUUAUCCAGGAUGGCAAGGAAUUGCCCUGUAUCGAAGAUCCAUACGAAAUUUGGCCACAACGUUCCCGGGAGUCGGAGGAGCACACUUCUUUGAGGCUUACACACAUUAUGGCAUGGCACCUCGUGCAGAUGUCCAAGGACAUAGAGGAAUACAUCAGGUCCAGUGACCUAGAUAACUUCCAUCGCACAAGGAGAUAUCGCGGUGAACUAAGCGCGAUGUUGGAGCUCGAUAUCCCGCUGGACAAUAUUUUCCACCCCCGUCCGCAGCUCGUGUCUUGGAGAAACAAGAUGAACGACAGAUGCGAUCGCUGCUGGUCAAUAUUGGGGUACGUCUCAUGGAUUCCUUAUAUGAAGUCUUGGGAGAAGGCCCUCGGGUUGUUGGUCUCCUCGGAAACUAAGGCGAUCACAUAUGACAGCGGGAUGCCGACAGCGACAAGACCGAGACCUAACCACCUGAGGCUAGCUCAACAAUGCUCCUCUUCAUCUCCCGAAGGAAGUCCUAAAGCGAUUUCCCCAAUGCAGGUUAAGGUAACCUGGGACAGGAAUGAAAACACACUUAGUAACGCGGAUCUUUGCCGCGUCCUCACAGCUAUCGUGCAUGAGGGAAAACUGCUCCCUCCAACAGAUCAGAUGAUGACACAGGACCCCCGAUUAUGCAAGACGGCUGCAUCAUUCCGUGACAUUAUUCGACAUAUGAUGUCUUGUGGUGGUUAUGGAUUAAACCUGUAUUAUAUGAAGCUGUCGUAUCGAUCAGAGACAGAUAAUUGCUAUUAUCAGAUCGACGCGUUCCGAUCCCAGUGGAAGGUAUUGCAUGGGGUUUUUGCAGACCCGGCUAACUCGAAUUUUGUGAUUCGGGUGCUCCUUGAUGUUCAUGAUUAUCGAAAUGGGGAGAUCUACGAAACGACUGAGCUGCCACCGGUCUAUUGA